AUGCCCUGUCCCCCGCGCGCGUCGAGGUGCUGCCAAGCGCGUCUGUGCGCGAGGCGAGCACGUUCGAAAGCGGCGCAUUUCCCGAUCGCAGCCGACGCCGAGCAGGAAUGGAAGCUGCAAUCCCCCUCGGGCUCGCCCUUCCCCGAGGCUGCACCGGCAUCUGCAGCUUCUCCGUACUGCUCAAGUCCUCGACCAAGCCCAGCCUCAGCUGCUUCGGCAGGGUCCCCGGAAAGCUCACGCUUUUCCCGUCCCGCGGCCGUCUCCGAGGACCGCGCCGACGCCACGCCGCAGUGGCAAUUCGACUUUCUUGGGGCGAGCGCGGUGACCCCCGACACGCCUGAGGACGAGGAUGAGGAGGACCUCCUCCCAGCCGAGGCCACCAAUUGGUGCGUCCGCGCGCGCCGCUCUGCCCUGCGCUCCAUCGAGGAGCGGGGCCUCGCGCCCUCGCUGCAGCGGAUGGUGUCACCGCCCAAGAAGAAGAAAAAGAAGAAGACUGCCAAGAAGAAAGAAUUCAAGAAGGCGGCCGCCGAGCUCAAGCGCCGCAAUAAGCAGGUGGAUGAUGCCGAGGCAGACGAAGACGACGACGAUGACUAUGACGUCGUUGAUGAUUUGCAGAACAUGGACGACCUGGAGCUCCGGGUCGCGCAGUUCGCCGACGGCAUGUUCGACGAAAAGCGCCAGAGAAACAGGGAGGCCUUCGUCCAAACCUUGUCCAGGUUCUCGGCCGCGCCUUCCAACCGGAGCAAAGAGGUGUCCUUGAAUCGCUCCAUCGUCCAGGCGCAAACUGCCAACGAGGUGCUGGACCUCACGGCAGAGGUGAUCACCGCUGUCGCCAAGGGUCUCAGCCCCUCGCCGCUCACGCCGCUCAACAUCGCCACUGCGCUCCACCGCAUAGCGAGGAACAUGGAGGCGGUGUCCAUGAUGCAGACGCACCGCCUUGCCUUUGCACGCCAGAGGGACAUGUCCAUGCUCGUGGGUCUGGCCAUGGUGGCCCUGCCAGAGUGCUCGCCGCAGGGUGUCUCCAACAUCGCCUGGGCUUUGUCCAAGAUUGGCGGUGACCUGCUAUACCUGCCGGAGAUGGAUAGGAUAGCCGAUGUGGCCACGGCUAAGGUUCAAGACUUCAAUGCACAGAAUGUUGCCAAUGUUGUAGGAGCGUUCGCUUCCAUGCGCCAAUCAGCACCGGGGCUUUUUUCGGCUCUAGCCCUGAGAGCAGCACAACUACUGCAAACAUUCAAGGAGCAAGAGCUUGCUCAAUUCUUAUGGGGUUGUGCUUCUCUGAACGAGUGCCCCUAUCCCUUGCUUGAUGCACUAGAUACUGCUUUUCAGAAUGAUACCAGUUUUCAGUGCCAUGUAUCUGAUUUAAAAUCAAGCGCGCAUCAGAGCUUAGCAGAAGAACUUUCUGGUGGAGAAGGUGGUAGCACUAGCAGUGCCCGUACACUGAACUUCAGCCGAGAUCAGUCUUUGAAGCUUGAAUACCGAAACCUUGGACUGUGCUUAAGAAGUGAUCUUGAGGAGAAAAUAACAAAAGCUGGAAAGAGCAAAAGGUUCAAUCAGAAGACAACCUCUUCAUUUCAAAAGGAGGUUGGCCGUCUUCUCUAUAGUACAGGGCAUGAGUGGGUUAGAGAAUAUGCAAUCGAUGGUUACACUAUUGAUGCCGUGUUAGUUGGUGAGAAGCUUGCAUUUGAGAUAGAUGGGCCGACACACUUCUCUAGGAAUUUAGGUACACCAUUAGGUCACACAGCAUUUAAACGACGCUACAUUGCAGCUUCUGGGUGGAAGUUGGUUUCCUUGUCUCUUCAAGAGUGGGAGGACCUACAAGGUGAGUUUGAACAAUUGGAAUAUUUGAGGAGAAUAUUAGACAUAGAAGCUGAAUAA